UGCAUGCUAUAUAGCACUAACAAAUUUCUAGCACCGGUACUAUCCAACACAAACAGAGAAACAGAGUAUACACAUACAAGAUGAGCAGGCCCAUGGUAUCACUAGUCGUGCUUGCGGUGCUCGUGCUGCUGCCGGCAACAAUUGCCACGGUGACUACGGCUAGAAGAAACUGCCCCGACACCUGUGGUUAUUAUGACGUACCUUUUCCGUUCGGAGUAGGUCCUUCAUGCUCCUUGCCUGGUUUCAAUCUCACUUGUGCUGUCGACAAGCAGACCAACGACAGUCAUCCCGUGCUGGGCAACUCACUGGAGGUCAGUUUCCCUCUCGAUGCAUCAUCCCCCAUCCCCUACCUGUUCACCACCAGUAUCUCGUACACCGUGAAGAUGAUUCCCGGUGUACGCGACUACUCCAUCCACUGGGAAGCUCCAGCUAGGCCCUUUGCCAUAUCUGGCUGGUCAAACAUGUCCUUGUUCGUUGUUGGCUGCGGCGUCAAGGCCUCACUGUUCAUUCAUAACUCGGCCGUUGAGGUUGGGAACUAUUCCGUCGUCUGUGCAGAAGCUCAAGUCAUGGAGAAGCUACCCACAGGAACGUGUGAUGCCAUGGUUGGCCUCGGAUGCUGUUUCAUUGAUAUACAAGUGAACCUAAGGGCGUUCACUCUGGACAUCUCGCGCAUCAACGGCACUCCACACUCGAAACAAGUGCAAGCCUACAUCAGCGAUAAUAUGGACCCAAGCUUCACCCCGAUUGGUGCAUACUCUGGGUCUCAAUACUCAGGAACAGCUCAGCUGGAUUGGUCUAUUCCCUACCAGCCGAACUGCAGGCGUGCCAUGGAGGACAAGGACAGCUAUGCCUGCGUUAGUAACCAGAGCGAGUGCUAUGACUCGCCGAUCGGGGGAUAUGUUCGCUAUUGCCAGUCGGGCGCGGGCAACCCUUACGUCUAUGGCGGCUGCAUAAAAGAAUUAUACGGAUUAUACGGCUCCAUGCAGCCGAGAAAGGAUUGUCCUACAUCAUGCGGGGACGUGAGCAUCCCAUUCCCCUUUGGUACAGAUCUUGGCUGCUUUGCAAAGCCCCAUCUCCACCUCGCAUGUACACCACCGGUCCUUAAAAUGACAGCUCGAAAGUUCGUCACAGACAUAUCUAUUGAUGAUGGUAUCUUGCAAGUUCAGGAGUUACUAGAGCCAGACGAUUCUGGUUCGAACUCAGACCCUACGCUCUAUAUAUCAUCUGUACAGUCGGGCAUGGUGAAGUGGGCUAUCGAUUUCAUGCCAUGCGAGGAUGCUAUGAACGAGAGCGACUACAGAUGUGUCAGCACCCAUUGCGGCUGCAUUGAUGUCACGGACGAUAGAACACUCAAACAUGUCGGUUACCGGUGCAAGUGUUCUCCUGGUUUUGAAGGAAAUCCUUACCUCCAAGAUGGAUGUACAGAUACCGACGAGUGCCGUCAGCCAGAUAAAUGCAAAGGUAUCUGCCAGAAUACUUUCGGAAGCUAUACAUGUACCAGUUGUCCUCAUGGAACAGAUUUCAAUAGCGCCACAGGAAAAUGCAAGCCAACUACUAUAAUAUUAGAACCUGUCCAACUACUUCUUGUGGGCUAUGAGGGAGAGGCCCCUCGAGGAGACAGUGGACGCUCAGAUCCUCGAUGAAGCGAAUGGGGAACGGGUUCUGUGCAUGGCUCGGUUGGCGGAGGAGUGCCUAUGUCUGACACGAGUGCAGAGGCCUACCAUGAAGGAUGUGGAGAUGAGGCUGCAGCUCCUGGCGGGGCGCCGUGUUGUACCAAGGGCGGGGCCGCAUGAAGGGGCACAACCUCGCCGUGAAGCUACGGGAGACGUUGGGCGUGGUUGUGUUGUUCCGGUGAUUGGUGAGCAUGGCUCACGCCAAUUCAGCCAAGAGCAGGAGUUCGCGUCGUCUCUGCGUGUACCGCGGUAGUUUGUAGGCAUGAAGCAUAUUGUUAGUAUAGAAUAAAAUGCAUAUACAGUUGUGUGUAUCCUAAUUACCUUUUGCUCGUGCUUGCGAAGUCCAAUUUUAUAACGUGUAUUUGAAAUUUCAAUUGAAAUAUGUAAAAGUGAUUUCUUUUUGGACCAA